AUGAAGGGCUUCGCCGGCAGGCCGCUGGCCAUCGUGGCCCUGCCGCUGGCGAUGCUUGCCGCCGGGGCGCAGGGCCAGGCCGCGACGGAGGCCGUCAACGACCUGGCCCUCCGCCUGUACGACGCGCUGUCGACGGGGGAUGCCUCCAAGAACAUCUUCUUCUCCCCGCUUAGCAUCUCGACCGCCUUCGCCUUCGUCCACCUGGGGGCGCGGGGCGCCACUCGAGGGCAGCUGGAGGAGGCACUUGGAUUUGGCGCCGAGGGCGUGGCGGAGGCCCUGCGCAAAGGGCGGGUUGCGCUGGACGCACCCGAAGAAGGUGUGGAGUUCCUGCUUGCGAACAAGCUGUUCUUGCAGGAAGGAUUUGAUGUGGAGCGGGGCUUUAGAAAGGGGGUGUCGAGAGGCGGCCUUGAGGAGACAUCUUUCUCCGAAGACCCGGAGGGAUCUAGGCGGCUGGUGAACGGCUUCGUUAGCAACGCGACGGAGGGGAACAUUGAGGAGCUGAUGCCGGAGGGGUCCGUGACGACGGACACCCGGUUGGUGAUUGCCAAUGCCAUGUACUUCCGGGGGGCCUGGGAGUUUCCUUUCGAGGAGAGGCUCACCAAGUCGAUGCCAUUCAAGGGAUUCGAGGGCACCACGACCGUGAAUAUGAUGAUGCAAAGGGAAGUUAACCUUAGGAUUGGCAGCAUACCCGGUGCCCAGGUCCUUGAACUCCCUUACCGUGGGGCAACUGUGGCAAGCAUGAUCAUCGUUUUACCAAACAAGCCCACCAAGAAGGCAUUCUUCGAGCUGGAAAGCGAUCUGAAGAGCAUGUCGAUUACAGAUCUGCUGGAAGGCAGUAGCUUCAACGAUGUGGACGUGUACCUGCCAAGAUUUGGCGUUGAGGACACUUCUAACUUGGAGAUCGUGCUUCCAAAGCUGGGUGUGACAGACCUGUUUCUGCCAGGAGUUUCUGAUUUGUCUGGCAUUGCCACUGUCACACCGCCGCUCUCUGUUUCCUCAGCAAUCCACAAAGCCAAGGUCAUGGUUGAUGAAAAGGGGACAGUGGCUGCUGCAGCAACUGCCAUUGCCAUCAGCCUGCAAUCGGCUGCCAUUGAGCCUCCUCUAGAGUUCAAGGCUGACCAUCCUUUUAUCUAUUUCUUGAUUGACAAUCAGAGUAAGCUUGUCCUGUUCAUGGGAAACGUCAAGGAGCUGCAGGAAUGA